AUUCGCGGCCGUGCGGAAGUACGACGGACACCAGUCAAACAACUACCUACGGCACUGCGCAGUCGUCAUGGCGGCAUUGGGGCCCUGCGCACGAAUCCCAUGUACCACCAACCUUACCCCGGGCAUGUUCCGUACCAGAGUGACACUACUUCACCUACUGUACCACCCAGAGUCGUGCACAGGCAACAACGGCAGGCAGGCUGCAAGGGAGACAGCGCCCGAGCGAGGCCUUCUCAAGUUCUCCCCCCAACGGCCUACGCCGUAAACCACCCGAGGCCUGAGACAGUCCACCGGGAGAUGGACACCCUCAGCGAGGACACACACCCUCUAGGACUCGAGAACCAUGGCAAACACUGCUUGUCGUGGGCAAUCAACGAGAUGCCUAUCGUCUACAUACGGUUGGCGCGAAUCGUCAAGCCUGAUAAGGACUCGCCGCAUUCCUCCCCAGAGCUAGAAUCCAGCCUCGGCGUGGCCAAUACUUGUAGGACCGGGAGACAUCCGGCGACUAUGGCCCGACGCCAUGGCACCAUGCCAGGAAGGGUGCGCUUCAAGACAAGGCUCUCUCGAACACUCGCUCAUGCCGAGACGGCUGAAAUACACUAGUCUACCCAUCGAGCCUCCAUCGCGUGCGGCACCGAGAUAGCGACGAAGCCACUGCUUAUCCCACACUGCGACUAUGUGCUGUGUACAUGUGUAAGCUGUUGGAGAUCCCCACCUGAUACGGCGC